UCGCAACUCGCUUCAGUCUCCACCAGUUGCGGUUGAAAACGAACGUAUAAAAUGUGUAAUGUGUGCACUCGCGAUUCGCCCAUUGAGGCACCGGUUAAACAAAGCCAACCGAAUAGAACCCUGGAAAGGAUGAAGAGGAAGCACAAUAUUAUUACUAACCCCGCUGAUGAGGAGAAGCAGAAGGAGGUGGCGUAUCAGCCUGAUUUGCUGUCUGUUUCCACACAAUUGACGAAAGUCGUGUACGAUGCAGCAAAAGACCUGAUGGUGCGUCUCCAGGAGACUAAGGCCUAUGUCAUUGCAACAAAGACAUCGCAGCCGUUCCACGUUGCGCUGGCUAUCUUAGUAGUUGGCGUGUGGUUAAGUCGUCCUGGAACCAGCAGCAACUUGCGAGGUUGGAAGGCUCUUUAUGUUGGCGCUGUGGCCAUACAUUUAGGUGCCCAGAUCUGGAUGACUUUAGUCUCUGGAAUCGUGCUCUACUUCUCUCUCCCACGUCAUGAGUUUGGUCGGGUUCAGACAAUUCUCUUCCCUAUCUACUACGCGUUCAACGCAGCGGUCAGUCUUUUGGCGAUACUUGCGUACUUCCGAACGCAAUGUCUCACACAGUUCGUCAACACAUCCUGGUUACAGCUAGCGUUACUGUUAGUUGUAUUCAGUAUAGAAGCCUACGUGCGAAUCCGUCUCGUCGCACCAAUGCUACGUGCUAAACACGUCAAGACACAGAUGGAAGAAGCUGCUGGCGGUGGACAGGAGAUUGGCCGUCUUCUCCUUGGCGAGCUGGCCCACUGUCCACGCUACGUCCGAAUUCUGAAGACUUUCAGAGCCUAUCACUCCACCAUCGCUAUGGGUACCAUGAUUACUUUGGGUUGCUCCUUCUACUCAACAAUGAUCAUCGUUGACUCCAUGUGUCAUUAAGUUAUUUCAAAGCUAUUGAGUGACUGUUCAUCGAUAUUAGAGUAACCCACGGACUUAAAACCGUCGGUUAAGGGAACUUCGAUAUAAGACGGAUUUAGGUCAAAUAUUUACCUCCUUUUUUCAUAAAAUAGUCUAAUUAUACUGUUUUAAGUACUCUGUUUCCCUUUGCUGACAAAUUAUUGUCGCUGUGGUCAACUGAAUUAUUUUUUUAUGAAUAUGGGGGUAAAAUUUUAUAGUUACAUUGGCAAAUAGGAAAAUAAGUACCUAAACUGGCAAUAAUGUAAUAAAAUGUUUAUAUAGCUGAUUGGCAAAAUAACUGAGACAGUUUAUAAAAUGUAAACCUUGUUUCAACAUAAAUUAUAAAAAGGAAUGUCAAACGUGACAGUGCCAUUUUGACGUUUCAGGUUCCUUUCAUAUCUCUACUAAUAUAUAAUUGUCUAUGCAGCUCUACUCAAAUUCGUAUAAUUAUUUGAUUUUAAACGAUUGUCUUUUUUUUCUUUCCUUAAAUCCAAUCUUAAAAUUAUUAACACGAAGCAAGGGAUAUCUUUAAGAACGUCUAAAAUGCAUUUAUGCAACCUACUAAAUCCAGGCUGUGAAGUCUGUAAUUCUUAGUAAAUAUUUAAAUAAAGGCUUUUAGGAAAUUGAGAGUAUUGUUAUGUAUUAAUAAAUAAAAGCGUUUUCUUGAAUAUGAUUGAUACUGUUUAUAUUUAUUUGAUAAUGCAAAAGAUAUGUAAAUUAAGCCACAUUUCUAUAGUUCAGAACUUGCAUAUCAACAGUGAGGGUAGAAAUUCAAAGCCUAUUCGAAUAUUACUAAAGCGCUGGUCGCAAAUUAGUAUGCUUAAAUUAAUUUAGAAAAAUAUGAUACAACUUGUAAUGUAUGCUCAUUACACGGUAAAAUUAGUUUUAUUUAAAAUAAGUUCUCGGCACCUGUAUUCUUGCCAAUAAGUUAUGUUAUUUAAACAUCGUUGCGACAGCCGAAGCUGCUUGAUAAAAUAUAAAUACACUGCCAGAGAAUGAAAUAAUAUAAAGUACUAUGUUAAAUAGACACCUAAUUUAUGAAGUUAUGGAUUCAGAAUUAAUAGAAAAAAAAUCUAGUCAGCAAUAUUUAUAUUAUUAUGUGAUUGAGAAAUUACAGUAUUAUUGUUAUUGCUUUUAAUUUAAUAUAGUUCAAUGUUGUAGUAUACAUACUGUCAAAGAAAUAUUUAAUCUGUUACGUACACAUUUUGAUUUCCAUUUUCAAGCUUUUAUCUCACUAAUGAAGGUCAAGCAGCUUACAAUGAUUAAGCUGUGGCAGUUUUUUGUAUUUUUCCACAUUAUAAUAAAAUACAUGCAAUGUGUGUAAAAUGUAACUUAGAAUUAUUUAAUUGUAAUAUCGAUGAUCUGAAUGUUAAACUAAGUUUAUGUUAUUUAUUCGAGAGAAUGAUGGAAGAGACGUGGAAUAAAUAAUUAUAAUGACAA